UACUUUACCAGUGGCGUGCUUACUUUUGAUUCAACGUGAUUAGCUCCUGAAUACACAUAGGCCAGUGAAAUUUUUUUGCGAACUGUUGCAAGUGCAAGAUCCGUGCAUAGUGCAAAAGAGAUUCUUCGGCGAUCAGGCGAUUACUUCGACUUCACCGGUGACGUACUGGGCAUUACUUCAAAGCGCCUGUUAUCUGAAGUUGGAGAGAACUCGAAUUCUAUUGGUCACGUCCGUCUUACAAAGAGCUCGGCGCUAUGGCACACAUGACCAGCGAUAUAUGGCAGCAUUUCACGAAAUCUGAAAGUGGUGCUAAAUGUCGCUACUGUCAGCAGAUAGUUUCGUACUGCAAGGGAUCAACAUCAAACUUGAAAAGGCAUCUCGGUCGUAAACACCCAACCGUUCCGCUGUACAGGAGUAACCCGCUGUCGACAACAAAUUCUGAAAUAGAUUCCCCUCUAGAAGGUACUUCCGGCCAACAAAACGUCUGCACCACAAUUACCAAUUUUUUUCAACCCAGCAAACCAAUGAGCUCGGAAUCAAAAAAAAAAAAUCGAUUCUCUAUUGCUUUUAAUGAUAUGUAAAGAAUAUCAUCCUUUUUCAAUAGUUGAAAAUGAAUAUUUUGGAGAUUUCGUUAAAGCUUUAAACCCUAAAUAUGAACUGCCAACAAGAAAAAGUAUUUCUAAUGCAGCAUUACCGGCACUUUACAACGAAACUUUGGAGGUGGUGAAAAGUAAAUUACUCAUAGCUUCAACUGUAUCACUGACAGCAGAUUGUUGGACUAGCAUUAAUAAUGAUAAUUUUUGUGCAGUGACUGCUCAUUUCAUAAAUAAUAAAUACGAACUGUGUUCGUAUUUAUUGGAAUGUUCAGAUUUUUCAAUUACCCAUACGGGAAAGAAUAUAGCCGAUUGGAUAACGACUGUAACUAAUACCUUUGAAAUUUCCGAUAAAUUAUUUACUUUGGUCACGGAUAAUGCGACCAACAUGAAAUCAGCUGCAACUAUAUUAAAUCUUUCUCAUCUCCCGUGUGGUGCCCAUACGUUAAAUUUAGUGGUUCAAAGAGGCCUUCAAAAGAUAAAAUCAACGAUUGAGAACGUAAAAAGCAUCGUUAUGCAUUUCAAAAAAAGCUCAAAAGCUGCCCAAAAGCUGGCCGAAAUGCAAACUAGCUUGAAUCAUCCGCUAUUAAAAAUUAAACAAGAUUGCCCUACCAGAUGGAAUUCAACAUACGAAAUGUUGGAUCGUUUCAAACAAAACCGAAUUCCACUAGCAUCUUGUAUUGCAACUUUGAAAAUCUCAUGCAAGCUAGAGGAAGAAGAUUGGCUCAUUAUAGAACAAGCUACUAAGAUCUUAAAGCUGUUCAAUACGGUUACAAUCGAAAUUAUGGCGGAAAAAACGAUAUCAAUUUCAACAAUGGGGUUUUUAACUAGGUCCUUAUUGCAAAAAAUUAUUGAAAAAAAAGAAAAGGAAGUACUACAUCACAAGGUUAUUGAUUUAGUAGAUGAUCUUAUACUGGGUCUAAAAACUAGGUUCGAAACAACGAACAAUCUUGAAAUAGUUUCGUAUGCGAUUUUACUAGACCCAAGGCUCAAAAAAGAUGGAUUUUUAGGAAGCGACGCGCAGUACCAAAAUGUGUACACGCAUAUGAUAGAAAAGAUGAUUCCAUUCCAAAAUAGAAUGGAUACACAAAUUAAAGACAAUGCAGAAAAAGAUCUUGAUAGCGAUGACGACAUAUGGCAACCACUGAAAAAAGUUCACCAAAGCGAGCACACAUCAAGUGCAAGAAUUCUUGCUGCUCUUGAGCUGGAUCGCUACAUUUCGGAAAAAAAUUACAGGUCAAAUGUGAUCCAUUUCUAUGGUGGAAGGAAAGAGAAGUGAUUUAUCCAACGUUAUCAUAUUUUGCCAAACAAUAUUUGAGCAUUCCUGCGUCUUCUGUUCCAUGUGAACGAAUUUUUUCGAAGGCAGGUAACAUUCUUACAGAAAAAAGAAAUAGAUUGACAUCAAAAAAAUUAAAAGAAAUCAUUUUUAUAAAACAAAAU